CAAUAUGCUACUGACCUACCAUUAAUUGAAAUUGAGUGUUUUCGAUCAAUUCUUUAAUUAAUACGACUCUCGUUUGUGGAGAAAUUGUACAGUAAUUUAUUAGACAUGUCUGUUGCUGAUUUUUAUGGCUCUAAAGUUGAGGUAUACCUCAAUAAUGACGAUGUUACACAAGGUGUAAUAGCAAAUUUUGAUGCUGCAAAUGCGAUGCUUCAACUGAGACUUCCGGAUAAUAGUACCAAAAACAUAGUUACUUCGAACAUAAAAAACCUAAAAAUUCUACCAAACGUCCCAGGAUCACCCUCAACAUCGUCAAAAAAGAGUAACACAAAGCCGACUUCGAGCACCAAUUCAGGAAACACACCUUCCAAAUCAAAGUCAAAGAACGAUUCUUCUAAAAAUCAAUGGGCUAUGGAUUGUGAUGGCGAGUUCGACUUCGCAGCGAAUUUGGAGAAAUUUGAUAAAAAGCAAAUAUUCGCAGAAUUUCGGGAGAAAGACAAGAAAGACCCUACAAAGUUACUCGUGGCGCAUAAUAAAAGCCAUCAUCCUAAAAAUUAUCAUCCCAACGAGAAUGUUUUGGAUAAUAACGAAAAAGACAGUUCCUCAGACUCAAAAAACCCAAGCCCAUCCUUUAUCAAGGAUUUUAGAAACAAUAUUGAUGCUUCCUUGGCCUCCAUGAUGAUCAAUGAAACUACCAUUAAAGGGUCGAACUCCAAAUUUGGACCUUACUCUGAAAGACCAAAGAAAAAGGACCGUAGUGGUCAGUUAGCUCCCACAACUCUACAUACAGUGUCCGGUGAAAAAUUAAUUACAGUUCAACCUGAUUUACUCGCCCAAGCUGUAGCACUAGCUAUUGCGAAAACGAGUACAGAUAUCGUCAUUGAAAAUGCUGCUCAGAUCCUUUCUCAGUUUAUAUACUCUGUCUUGGGUGGACAUAAGCGAUUCACUACUUCCAACCAUAACUCUCAACCUUUAGUGUGUAUCAUUGUAGGUCAACAUGAUCAUGCGUCAGCGGCUGUUGCAGCUGGACGAAGACUCUGUGCAAUCGGUGUUAAAGUGGUUCUUCGUUUAUUAACACCUUAUAAUGUUGAUAACAAACAAUUACUUAUGUUUUUAGCUGCUGGUGGACACAUGCCAACUGAAAAUUUCGAUCAAUUUAUUGAUAACUUUUCUUCUCCGAUUGAGCUUAUUGUCGACACGGUCAGCGGUUUCCACUCCGCUAUUGAUAAAAAAACAACUUCUUUAAUUAAUUGGAUAAAUAAGCAGAAUGUUUUGGUGCUAUCCGUUGAUAUACCUUCCGGUUACACCUGUGAACAAUCAGAUGCGGUUGUUGAGCCAAAGUGGACUUUAGCUUUAGGGGCUUUAAGUACGACAUUGGCAAAAGCAGCAUUCAUUGAUCAGGUUGCGGGUGUUUCCGUGUUUGUUGGGAAUCUUGGAACAGGUGUACAUACUUGGGAUGAAUUGGGGGUUGCCGACUCUCAAGUUAACGGUCAGUAUCUUGCACAAAUUACUUGUAAUGGAACUGAGUAAAAGAUAUAUAUUAAAAAAACUAUUAAAUUGUUUUGAAACAGAAUUACCAAAAAAAUGGCUAUGAUCGAGUUCGUCGAAUGAGGUCGUGUUGGAAGUUAUUUACAUAUGUUUCGAAUGGGCGCCGAAAUUUAUUAGCGAAACCGCAAAUUAUACCUUCCUGUGUAGGUUGUUGAAAACGUGAAAGUAUAUUCUGUAUUUCACUGAAAUCUGCAGUUCCGUGUUGUAAAUCAGUCAGUACAUCCUCAAUAUCUUCAAUUCCUGGACGGCAAACAGGACAAAUAUGACAAGUAUCACUGGAGUAGAAUUUAUAAAAAUUGAGGAGGCUAUCAACGACGUGAUCUUGAUUAUUCAGCACAAUAAGUGAUCCAUUUCCAAGACUACAGCCAAGUUCUUCCAAAGUCUGGUAGUCCAUAGUUGCUUGUUGACAUUGCUCCUUAUUUAAAAUCCCUGAAGCUGGGCCUCCAGCAUACACGCCAGCUAAUGAGUCCCAUCCCCCUUUUACGCCUCCUGCGUGUCUUUCAAUGAGUUCUUUCAGGCGAAUAGAUAAUAUUUCUUCCGUUAUACCUGGAUUAUUCACAUCUCCAGAGAUGCAAAACAAUCUGGUUUCAUGACUGUUGACAAUUUCCUUAUUUAAUGAUUCUCUUUUCAGAAUUUUAGAUAGAUUAGCCGCUGUCUCCACAUUUAGCAUAAGCGUUGGUAAUCCAAAUAAACCUUUUGUGCUUAUGGGUUGAGGUAAUUGCAUUGCGAUAGGAAAAUGUCCUUCAAGCGAUUCUAAUAAAGCAGAAUCUUCUCCGGUGAUAUAAGUACCUGCACCCGGGUGAACAAGAAUAUCCAGUUUUGUAUUGGUUCCAAGAAUAUUUCUUCC